UCAGGAACUACGAGGACAUUUCAUCGCUCGAGAGGAGUAUAAUUAAGCCAAAUAUACAAGCCUGGCCGUAUUUACACAAAUCUAUACAAAAUCCUUAUACAACCAGGCUGGUGGGCAGUGGCUGUGGAUGGAGGAAUUGCCCCGGUGAGAUGACCGACCAGGGCAACAACAACCAGAACAUCUCCCGAAACCCCUUUGCCGCGCUCUUCAGCUCCCUUGCCGAUGCCAAGCAGUUUGCUUCUGGCCAGAAACAGCAUCACCAGCCAGAUCCACCAUCGGAUGCAUCGGGGGACAGCCAGUCAGAUUCGGACAAUUCGGUGUCUGACAGCAUCGAUGACAAUGACGACUCGGUGGCGGAGAUUAGCCGUUCCUUCCGCUCCCGGCAGGAGCUGUGCGAGCAGCUCAAUGUCAACCACAUGAUCCAGCGGAUCUUCCUCAUCACCCUCGACAACAGUGACCCCAGUCUGAAAGGGGGUAAUGGAACCCCACCUCGCUGUGUGUACCUGGAGGAGAUGGCAGCUGACCUUGAUGGACAGGACUGGCUGGACAUGGAUAAUAUUGAGCAGGCCCUGUUCAACAGGCUGCUGCUCCUGGAGCCAGGUAACCACCUGAUCUACAUGACCUCCUGCAGUGUGGCUAACCUGUCGGCAGAACGGCACGCCGGGGAGAAGAGUGCGGUGCCCUACCUGUACGCAUGCUACCAGAGAGCCAAGGAGGAGGUCACUAAAGUGCCAGAGAAGCUGCUGUCAUAUGCUGUUCGCUGCAAGAACCUUACCGUGUCCAACGCUCGCACGGUCCUGCUCACCCCAGAGAUCUACGUCAGCCAGAAUGUGUACGAGCAACUUCUAGACCUGCUGCUGGAAGGAGUCAGAGGAGCGCAGCUGGAGGAAGUGGUGGAGUUUCUGGAGGAAGUGAUCGCCGCCCUGCUGGUUGAUCAGGAAGUGCGCACGUUUGGGGAGGUGAUGGUGCCGGUUCUGGACAUCCUGCACGGCCGGAUGAAGGAUCUGGACCUGUGUCAGCUGCUGCUGUACUCCUACCUGGACAUCCUGCUGUACUUUACCCAUCAGAAAGACAUCGCCAAGGUGUUAGUGGAGUACAUUCAGCCAAAGGACCCAAACAGUGGCCUGCAGUACCAGAAAACCCUUCUGGGGACUGCACUGAGUGUGUCCUGUCUGCUGAAAACCCCUGGUGUGGUGGAGAACCACGGCUUCUUCCUCAACCCCUCUCGCUCCAGUCCACAAGAAAUGAAAGUCCAGGAGUCCAACAUUCACCAGUUCAUGGGGCAGUACCAUGAGAAGCUGUACCAGGUCCUGAAGAACCUCCUGCAGCAGUCGGGCGAUACACGCCACCUGCUGCUCUCCUGGCUGGGCGGCUGCCUGCAGGCCAACGCCGGCCGUGCCAAGAUCUGGGCCAACCAGAUGCCCGAGAUCUUCAUGCAGACGUACGCCUCGGACGCGCUCUUCCUCAACCUGGGCGCGGCACUGCUCAAGCUGUGCCAGCCCUUCUGUCGGCCCCGCUCCCCAAAACUGCUGACCUUUAACCCCACCUACUGCGCCCUGAAGGACCUGAGCGAGGAGGAGCGGCGGAACCGCAACGUUCACGCCAGAGGUUUGGACAAAGAGACCUGCCUGAUUCCUGCUCCUCCUCAGCAUGAUGUAGAGUUUACACAGUCUUACAGCCUCCUUACUGAGAACCUCAUCCUUACCCAGCUCACUCUGCACUUGGGCUUCCACAGACUCCAUGACCAGAUGGUGAAGAUGAACCAGUCUCUGCACAGACUGCAAGGUUCGUGGCGGGAUGCCGGGCACGGCGGGGGUGCGGCUGCCGAACAGCUGCGGGAGCAGUUUGAGCGCCUCAUGACCGUGUACCUGUCCACCAAAGCGGCCGCCACCCAGCCCGGCAUGCUGCAGGGCUGCCUCAACCUCCAGGCCUCUACCGCCGCCCUGCUGGUACAACUCAGCCUUAACAACCAGGGCCCAGAGCACACCCCGCUGUUCUUUCCCCUCCCAGCCCUACAGCACAGCCUGCUCUGCUAUGUCCCAGAGUUCUUUGCGGAGAACAUGGGGGAUUUCUUCAUUUUCCUGCGGCGGUUUGCCGAUGAGGUCUUGGAGUCUUCGGCCGAUAAUUUGGAGCAGGUCCUUAACUUCAUCACCGUGUUCAUGGGAAACGUGGACAGGAUGAAGAACCCUCAUUUGCGGGCCAAGCUGGCGGAGGUACUGGAAGCAGUGAUGCCCCACUUGGAGCCUGUGUCACCUGGUUUAACCCAGCCAAUCAUGUUCCAGCGGCACCGGGUCUUCUGCGAAUACUCCCACGCCCCGCACCUGGCUGAGGCUCUGAUCACCGUGUUUGUGGACAUCGAGUUCACUGGGGAUCCCCACCAGUUUGAGCAGAAGUUUAACUACCGGAGGCCCAUGUACCCGAUUCUGAAGUACAUGUGGGGGAAGGACAGCUACAGGCAGAGCAUCAAGCAUUUGGCUGAGGACGCAGCAGAGAAUCUGGAGGCCAUGAAUCCCCCUCUCUUCCUGAGGUUCCUGAACCUGCUGAUGAACGAUGCCAUCUUCCUACUGGAUGAGGCCAUACAGUACCUCAGUAAGAUCAAGCUCCUGCAGCUGGAGAGGGACCGCGGUGAGUGGGAGGGGCUGGCGGCCGACGCCCGGCGCGAGAAGGAGUCCAGCCUGCAGAUGUUCGGCCAGCUGGGACGCUUCCACAACAUCAUGUCCAACGAGACCAUCGGCACUCUGGCCUUCCUCACGUCUGAGAUUAAGGGGCUGUUUGUCCACCCCUUCCUGGCUGAGAGGAUAAUCUCCAUGCUCAACUACUUCCUGCAGCAUCUGGUGGGGCCCAAGAUGGGUGCCCUUAAAGUGAAGGACUUCAGUGAGUUUGACUUUAAGCCCCAGCAGCUGGUCUCUGACAUCUGCACCAUCUACCUCCACCUGGGGGAUGAGGAGAAUUUCUGUGCCACUGUGCCGAAAGAUGGCCGCUCCUAUUCGCCUACCCUCUUCUCCCAGACCGUGCGUGUGCUGAAGAAGAUCAACAAGCCGGGAGACAUGAUCGUGUCCUUCAGUCUCCUGGCAGACAAGAUCAAGUCCCUGGCAGACCAGCAGCAGCAGGAGGAGGAGACGUACUCUGAUGCUCCAGAUGAGUUCCUGGACCCCAUCAUGUCCACCGUGAUGCAGGACCCCGUUCUGCUGCCAUCCUCGCACGUCACCGUUGACCGCUCCACCAUCGCACGCCACCUGCUCAGUGAUCAGACGGAUCCCUUCAACCGCAGCCCGCUCACAAUGGACCAGAUCAGGCCCAACGAGGAUCUGAAGCAGCGGAUCCUGCAGUGGCUGGCUGAGCGCAAACAGGAGCGACUGCACAUGGGACCCAGCGGAUAGAGAACUCCCUCGCUUCUGCCCCACAAUGCCCCAUAAUACUACCCCACACCUCCCCAUACCUUUCCUUUCCCCUGGACAGAGUCACUGAGACCGCUCUGUCUGCCCUGAAGAUAUUCCCCCACCUCCAUCCUCCAGCAGAGUGGGCCAGUCAUCUGAGUGAGUUGAGUCUUCAGAGCCCCUGCUGGGUAAAGUGGAAGGCUACAGACCCGGGCUACACAGUUACAAUUUCUGUACAGAACCGUAACAUGAGAAGAGGACAGAUUCUUUUUCAUGUUUUUCUACUAUAUGCUCUUUGCCUGAAUGCCUUUCUGUCUCACAUGCAAGCACAUGCACAUGCGCACAAAACAAUUACACACACUUGGAAAAAAUUAUGAAAUUAUAUAGGUGUACUCGGUUGGCAAAGAGUAGCCAAUAUAACAAAUGCAGCAGUAAUGUGUGACUUUCCAGUUUCCUUUAAGAGUGCCAAAAGUGAUGUUUCAGAGGCAGGUUUCAGCUUUGACACAUAUGUUAGGAGGAAGUACCAAAUUCAUAAUUGAUUUGAAUUGAUUCCUACUUAUAGUUCUACUGUACAUUAGUUGUACCUAUCAUUUGUAUAAAGUAUCACAAAGGAUUUGUAUAUCUCAUUUUGUUUUUUGUUGCUUCCCCCCCCAAAUAUCAAUAUUUCAUCAGUUGCAUAAUGCCCUUUUACUGUAGAUGAUGAGGAAGUCACUGGUGUUACCAUUCUGGUACCAUUCUGGUUUUCACACUGUUGUCUGCAGUAACUGAUGAGUCUUAGAAGUACACAGUCUGCUCGUAUCCUACAGCACAGCAAUCUGUGUAAUCUGAGACGGGCUCUUUGCUAAGUCAUGGCGUCUAACAUAGACGAUUCCAGGCAGCCGGCAUCUUAACAAAAAAAUAAACAUGUUCCCUUAUACAUUUCUCAAUAUAAUUUAUGUAUUUAAUGCAAGGCGCAUGUUAGGAAGUAUAUCAGUCGUUAAUAUUUGUGCUAUUCUGCACAGACACUGGAUGAUGCACGGUUUUGAAAACUGAUCAGCAUUUUGAAGUGAUGAUUGAUAUAUUUUGUAACGUACAUCUUAUUUUUACUUUUAAAAUGUCUUGUUUUUUUAACGAAUAAUUUCUGUAUAUGACAUAUUGAUGUAUGUUUAUUUUUCAUUGUUCCAUGGAAUCCCGUUAAUUUUGAAAAUGUGAUUACAGUAAUUAAUUAUCUGAAUGAAUGCUGAAAAGAUUCAUCUUAAUGGAUGAAUGGAGGAGCAAAACAGUCAGCCUAAAGCCCCUUUUAACACAGACCACUCUACCCUGGGCUGGGAACCUGAAAUGGUGUUUUAAUUUCCUUUACAGAAGGUAUAUAUCUGAGGUUGAAGCAUAUGAGUGACCCUGAUGAUCUGUAGGAGUCUAGGUCUGUAGUAGAGUUGUGCCCUCUGUCAAACAUCCAGUAUGUUUUGAAAUCAAAUCAGUUAUUUCAGCAGUGAACAGCUAUUUUGUCAGAGUAAUUAUUUUAUGAAAUAAAGAAGAGAAGUGAACAUGAGAGAAUACAUACUACUUACAUGCAUGAGUGGGGAGUAUAAGUAAUGAUAACAUUACAAUAAUAAAUGGGGAAGCAGCCUCACAUCAGUUGUAAAAUUAAUUCUAUCUAUAUUAAAUAUUUGGGUUCUUUAAUGUUAAAUGGUAUUACAUUUUUGAAUUGUUAACUACAAUCAUGAUCUUUCAGUUCUAAGUGAGAUGUAAGGAAUCAUUAGUGUUUUUAUUAUUUAAGAAUGUCACUUCAGGGCUGCUUUGCAGUUCUGUUUUUCUUUUGUAGUUAAUGUGUUAAGACUAGGUUGUGCUAUGCAUUUCAGUAUAAACCUGGUUUUAUCCCAUUGUUCAGAGUGCAUCUGUUAUUUCUCCAGUUAACUAAAGCAAUCGCUAUCCCAUCUUCAGCUGUAAUGGUUUGGAGUUUAAUGUGGCCUGACUUGGACAGGCUUUCUUCUUUGCUUAUUGUCUUGGCUCAUUUCUCCUUACUGAGGAAAAAAUUCAACUGCAACAUAAAAUGUAAUACACUUGCUUUGUUUACUGUAGUCCUUAUGCUUGUUAUUGAUGUUUUCCCCAAUAAAUUAAUAUUAAUGACCCAUGUAAAGCCAAUUGUAAUAUGCAGGUGUGAACUGAAGACAAGUGAUUAUGAAAACUUGGAAAAUAAAUUGCAGCUGUGUUUUUUUGCGUGUGGCAUACUCCGCAAUGUCUAGUGGUAAAAGGAAACCUCUUUUCUGAAUUCAGAAGAUAUUAUCUAAUCAGUUUUUCAUAACUGACAGGAGAGAGGUUUUGGUCCUGGAUUGACAGAUUGAGUUUUUAAAAAAAUGUGUUGUGAUAAGAGACAACCUGACUAGACGGUAGAUGAUCUUUAUCUUUGAUGUUAAAUAAUGUACAGUGGGGAUUUUCACUAAAAAGCGCUUUAGUUCAGUUGAGUCUGUUGAUUCAGCCAAAUGCACCAUUAAUGCUGCCUAUAGCCUUUGGCAUGUUUGUGUAGGGUGACUAAACAAAUCAGAGGCUGCAAUAGGAGGGAUAUCAGCGUGAAAGUGGUACUAUUCAAUAAUUUAAUUUAAAGUAUAUAAUUAAAUGAAUAAACUAUGUAUUGUCAUCAAAGCAAAACUGUACAAAUAAAUUGUAAAAAAAAAAAACAAGGAAUUCUGCAUAAUGCGUGUAUUAUAAGAUUUUAUUAAAUCUCAUGGUGUUUGCUUCAA